GAUCAACUGCCAGUAUUGUGUUGCUACCAUUAUCGGCGGUAUCUUUUCUAAUCAAUGUCUUCCUUUUAUUAGUCCUCUGCAAAAGUAAAAGAUUUCCACAGACUAAAAGACCAAACAAAACAUCCAACGCUGUUGAAUUUUUCUAUAACAACGACAGUACAGAUGCAGGGCAAAUCAUUUUUGGUAACAUCAAUUCUGAACCACCAACUGCAGUCCAAUCAGAAUCGAUGACGAAUACAGACGAAGCAGCCCAAGGGCAUUACGCAGAACUUAYGAGUAACUCUGUCAAGAUGUCAUCACUACARAACUACGAGCAUCUKGAUCCYACCUGCCGCRAGCAGCACCGCACAAAAGGCUUCCAAACGUUUGGCACUCACCAGCAAAGCAGUUACGAACAGCUUCACUUAGGCACUUCUUUGCCAGUUUACCAAAGACUACACGUCAAAUAUGAAGACAUUCAAAUUGAGUAAUGAGGAAAUACAAGGCAAGAUAGUCAGACGUCACUACUAGAGACCUGUAUAUGUACAUAUGAUAUAUCUGGAUKGCUUUUUAACCAAUGGCAUGAAACUUGUAGAAUAAGGUGAAGAACGCCAACACAUAUUAACACAUGGUAGCUAUAGGGUUUAUCUGCUACAGCUUAAUGCGUAGCAUGUACCUUGUCAUUCUGCUGAUUAUGAAGUGAUCGAAAAUCCAAGGUGGCUUCCUUUGCGCGCGCGGAUUCUUCCAGUGACGUAACUUGGAGAAUACAAUGGAUUCCAUGGUUACGGGAAUUACCCAAAACGAUUGGAUGAGAAGCGUUAUCCGGAAAAAUGCGAAAUCUAGCCACCUCGAUAG